AUGAUUAUCAUUAUUUUGAAUUUCCAGAUCAUUUCACACACACACACAGUAUCAAUCAUCAUUGAAGAAUUAUCACAAGAAAUUGAUAAUUUCAAAUUAACACUUAAUCAAAUUAAUACAUGUCUUCACGAAGAAAAUGAUCAAUCUAAAAAACAUAGUGAUUUAUUGAAUCUUAAAAAUGAUUUACAAGAAUUAAUUGAAUUGAAAGAGCAUGAAUUGUUAAAUUAUAGAAAAGCACAACUUUUAACUGAAGUUAAUUCACUACUACUGACUACUACUACUACUACUGAUAAUGAUAAUAAUAGUAAUGAUCAAGAACGCAUAGAUGUUGCGGUUGAAGAAACUCCAUGUAAAACUAAUCUAUCCACAAUUAAAAAUGAUCAACAAUCAUCCUCUUUCAUUGGAAAACGUUGUAGUGUACCUGGAUGGACUGCAGCUGGGAAAUUUAUUCGACAGAAUGCAUUGAUUCUUUCAAUUGUCGAUGAUGAUCAUGAUCGUGAUGAUGAUGGUAGUGGUGGUGGUGGAAUAGAUUCCGAUUGUCGUGUACGAGUAAUACUGGCUCAUCCUACACGUGUUAAUGAAAUACCUUGUGAACAGUUUUUUCAAACUGGUACAUGUCUACGAGGUAUACGUUGUAUUUAUUCUCAUGGGAAAAUUUUCAACAUUGAAGAUAUUGGUGAAUGGUAUGAACCAGAUACAGAAAAAUAUCUACAUGAAGGUCAACCAUGCUUAGCAAAUAAUCCUAAAAGUGAUCAAAAUUCUUGUCUAUGGCAUUAUGCUAGACUACUUCAAACUGAUUUUGAAUCAGGCACUUGUAUUAUUGAAUGGGGUCAUGUUAGUCGACGUCAAUCGGAUAAGAAUUCUGCGAAACGUCAAUCAUAUGAGAAUUUAGAGGAUCAGGUUGUUAGUCUGCCGUUGGAAUGUGUACAUAUAUUAGAAGGAGAGGAAGAUGUUAAUGAUGAUGAUGGAGUCGAGUCGGAUGUUUCACUUGACAGUUAUUCGUCGUCGUCAUCAUCAUCAUCAACUACUACUAGUAAUUUUGAAGAUUGCCAUACUACCGCUACUACUACUACUGCUACUUCGUCAUAUUGUCGUCGGUCUUCUAGUGAGCAGACGACUGAAACACCGUCAUGUUCGCAGUCUAACAAACAUUGUAAACAAAUUCAAUUUGUCCAUGGCAGUACCCUGUUACCGAAUCAACUAUCAAAUCCAAUUGUUGUCAAUGUAGAACAACAACCUAAUAUUACCAAUGAAGCGAAACAAAAUUCUAUCGGUGAUUGGGAAGCUCAUACACGAGGUAUAGGUUCACGUUUAUUAGCAAAUAUGGGUUAUCCAGGCUAUGGUGGAUUAGGUCGUUGUCAUCAAGGUCACCAAUUUCCUGUAUGUACUAAUCUUGAAAAAUAUCAAAUUCACAAUCAUAAAUGGAAUCAUCGACCAUCAUUAGACAAUGUUGUAUUAUUACGUCGUCGAAAAUGCCGAAAAGGUACUACUACUAGUCGUCGUUCUACUAUGAAAAAACCCAUGGAACAGUCGAAUAAGAAUAAGCUGUCAUCAUCACAACAACAACAAACAAGUCAUCAUUCUUCUCAUAGUGGAAAUAUUUUCCAGUUAAUCAAUAUGGCAUUAUUAUUACCGAAAUCCAAGAGUACUGAUGAUGAUGAUGAUGUUAAUCAAACCAGUCAUGGUCGUAGUAGUAGUAACAGUCGUACAAAACCUCAUGUCAUCAUCGCAUCAUCAUCAUCAUCACAUCAUAAUUCUCUUUUAAAUUGUAAUGAAACUAUGCUAAAACGUAAACUAUUUCAUACACAUGAACAAAUUAAUCGAUUAAAUAAUCAAUUAACAAUCAUACACAAUACUAUACAACGUAAUGCAGGACGAGAUCGUAUUGCAGUGAAACAAGCACAAAAACGUAUAGAUGCAUUACAGGCAGAAUUAAUACAAUUAAAAGAGAAUGAACGAACUAUUGUCAAUAUACAAAAUAAACAAUUGAAAGAGAAAAAAUUACGUAUUUUUUAAAAAAAAUUUAUAUAUUGUAUAUAUACAUAUAUGAAAAUGUAAAUAAAUUUAUUAAAUCAUCAAUUA